AUGGCCCAGUGGAGCAAAACGGCUCCAAGAACUACCCUCCUUUUCAAAGAAAAUCGCAAACUCACAUUCCAAGGUGGGCACACGACAGUGGUGGUGGAGGACUCCACCACUUACCAUUGCUCGUUUGGGCUCUACACUGAAGAGCUGAAGUAUGAAGCUGGAUUACGUUAUACCGUAUUGGUGCUGGAUAUUCUGAUCUAUGUCGGCAUGAUUCUCGCCUCGAUUCUUCUGCUCAUUGGCCUGUCCAUCUACAACCAAUGGCUGUUGGUGCCAUGGAUCAUCAUUAUGGGCAUUGACAUCAUUCGUGGCUUAAUCUCUGUGCUAUUCAUCUUCAUUUACAGCUAUAUUCUGUAUUCUAUUCUUGUUGGACUCGCUGCUUGGGGAUUAUCCGACACAGCGAAUAAUGGCGACGCGUCUCAUUUUCGUAGUUGCGAACUGGAAGCGCAAGGGAAACUGCCGGCAGCCAUGGCUAAAGUCGAAGUACAGAUUCGUAGUUGCUUUUGUUGUGGAUUAUCAUUAGCUACUGUAUUCGUCGCCCUCUAUACCUUGAUUCUGUAUUCUAUUCUUGUUGGACUCGCUGCUUGGGGAUUAUCCGACACAGCGAAUAAUGGCGACGCGUCUCAUUUUCGUAGUUGCGAACUGGAAGCGCAAGGGAAACUGCCGGCAGAAAAUCGCAAACUCACAUUCCAAGGUGGGCACACGACAGUGGUGGUGGAGGACUCCACCACUUACCAUUGCUCGUUUGGGCUCUACACUGAAGAGCUGAAGUAUGAAGCUGGAUUACGUUAUACCGUGUUGGUGCUGGAUAUUCUGAUCUAUGUCGGCAUGAUUCUCGCCUCGAUUCUUCUGCUCAUUGGCCUGUCCAUCUACAACCAAUGGCUGUUGGUGCCAUGGAUCAUCAUUAUGGGCAUUGACAUCAUUCGUGGCUUAAUCUCUGUGCUAUUCAUCUUCAUUUACAGCUAUGUGAGUGCCGUUUGUUCGCCUAUAGACUGUGGUUGA